AUGGGUUUGAAGGCUCCUCAAAGUGGUCCACGUCGAGAAUGCAUCAACUUCGACACCACUUUUCUGUCGCCGUCAGUAUAUCAUGGACCUCAUCGGGGGUCACUUGGCUCAUGGACCACAACUGGACCCACAAGUAGCACUGAGACAGAAGGACCCAGUACUCAGGCAGUAUCACCAGAUAACUCUCCUGAUACCACGACAAAUUCCUUUCUUAGCACAACUGAAACUAUUACUGGUGGGGCCAGUGGAGAGUUACCGACUGGACCCAUAGUCUUCCCACCGGGAAUACCAACGGAAGGAUUGACAAGUACUGGACCUAUAGUCUUCCCACCGGGAAUACCAACGGAAGGAUUGACAACAAUUACGGUCGAGCCCAGUACCUCCACGAUCACGGAAGAACCUUCAAUCAUCUCCUCCACAUUGGAAACAUCUUUGAGGACCACGACAACUGUCACAAGCGCUGAAACAUCUGAAACGGAAACAUCUGAAACGACUUCAGAGAAUAUUCCAGAGGAACAAGUGACAACUGUCGCAACGGCGACCUCCCUGGAAACUGUCGAACCAACUCAUCCGUUGCCGAUUUCACCAGACGCAUCGCCCAUGACCGUGACGCAUGAAGCGAUAACUGUGACCGGCGGUACAGAAAUCGUGGUAACGAUAACGCCUGACUCUCAUCCGCCUGAGGAGGCCACCACUGAGGAGAUCAUUGUUGUAUCUCCAGAUUCUUCACCGGAGACUCUUUCACCCGUAACUCAUGAACCUUCAAAGUCAACAACCGGUACGGUAGCAACAGCAGCACCGACAGAAUCGACUCAUACGAUUAGUCCUGAGGAAGGGACAAUCGAGCCGCUGUGGCCACCAACGGUACUGCCUCCAACGUGGAUACCAGUAGGUGGCGGUGCUACGUUGGCCACCUACAGGACCACUUCACGACCGACGAAGACCACCCUCGAUCCCUACUAUGGAGUAGCAUGCUCGAAACGAGGCGAGCCAAUUUGGGACCUCAUUUGUGAGCUGAGUAAAGCGUCGAUCAGGAAGCAACCUUGA